AUGUCGGCAGUGGCAACAGAGUUUGGCUUCGAUGGGCCGGAGAGGGACGAAAAACUGGGUGGCAUCGUGAGCCUCGUCUUCUUCGCAUGUGGAGCCGUUGCUUCUCUGGUAAUCGGUCGGCUUGCCGACGUCAUGCAACGCAGGAACUUGGUCUGCGUUUGCAUGCUGGUCGGAUCUUGCGGCACAUUUGCCAACUCGCAGGCUGUUGGCUUUGUUUCGCUGUUGUUCGGUCGUGGUGCGGUGGGUAUCGCUGCCGGUGGCCUGAUGCCAACAAGCUUCGCAAUCAUUGGGGACUUGUACCCACCAGACGAACGUCCUCAUGCAAUUGCCGUGGUCGGCAUCGUUUCAGGCUUUGGGAUUUCAAUUGGUCAAGCUUUGGCUGGCUUUGUUGGGACUGCUGCUGGAUGGCGUGCACCGUUUGCGAUUGUCGGCGUAACCGGCUGGUGCGUUGCGAUUCUACUUUUCUUCAUUCAGAAAGAGCCUGAGCGAGCGAGUGAACGCAUUGACCAUGAUAACACGUCAUGGUGUGCUGCACUUUCCAGGCCAACGGUAGUUUGCGGGUGUUUUCAAAGCAUUUUUGCGUGUGUGCCGUGGUCGAUAGUGGGAACGUUCUUUACGGACUACCUCGCUGUUGAUGCCGGCAUGGGUGUUCCAGCUGCCACCACCGUGUUGUUCAGUAUGGGCGUGGGCUGCGUGUCAGGCACUCUGGUGGGUGGCAAACUGGGCCAGUGCUUGUAUAAACGGGACAAGACCCUGCAGGCUUGGCUCAUGGGACUUACUGUGUGGGCAGGCACGCUGCCCUUCUUGAUUCUGUUUUUUGCCGGUUCUUUUGGCCAGCCCUGGAUGUACCACGUCUUGUCGUUUCUCGGAGUCUUUUUGGCUUCCAUGUCGCCUGUGAACCUGAAAGCGGUCCUCCUGAAUGCCGUUCCGACCCAAUCGCGAGGCAGGGUUUUCGGCGUCUUUAACAUCAUGGACGACCUGGGCAAAGGCCUUGGACCAGCGCUGGUGGCCAGCUGGGUCCGAUACCUGGGCAGAAAGGAAUCCUUCAUGCUAGGCAUGCUCUUCUGGCUUCCCUCCGGCUUCUUUUGCUUAAUGCUCACCCGCACAAUCCGACAAGACGACCUGACUGACAAAGCCUGCGAGGAGGGCUUCAGCAUGCUUCAGUAA